CAGAAGGAUAUCGAUAAUUCCUAAAGGAUAAUCAUAUAAUAAUAACAACAUGGUUUACGGAAAUAAAGGUACGGAUUGUCAAGAUUCAGCAAACAAUUAUGGUAAUGUUGAAGCAAGACUUAAAACUUUCAAGUCAAAAUGGCCUCAUAAAUUUAUUUCAAUACGAAUCUUAGCUGAAGCUGGUUUUCACUUCACAGGACCUGAUGAUCGAGUACAAUGCUUUAAGUGUUCUGGUCAACUUCAAAAAUGGGUCUCAACUGAUGAUGCUUUCUCAGAGCAUCGAAAACACUUUCCCCAUUGCCCUUUUCUCAAGACUCAAGAAUUUCAAAGAUCACUUUCCUCAAACGCUGAUCAAGAGGAGGAAAAAGUUGAAACUGCUUGCCUGUGCGGAAUGAUAAGGAGGAGGAGAACAAAGGGCAAAAUAAAAACCUCUUCACUCGAAUUCUCUGACUCAAAUCAAAAUAAAAAAACUUAAUAUGACUCUUGUCAAAUUAUUGCGCAAUUAUUAUUAAUAUAUGAUAAGUAAUAAAUCUAUUAAUAGAAUAUUAUAUGAUGUUUCAGUGAUAUAUCGCGAAAAACAAUAAUAAAAGAAUCACGUGAACAGAAUUUAUACGAACGUCUCUCUUUUUUUGUUUAUCAAGAAUCUUCAAUCUAGUUUAAAUCUUAAUCUGAUCUAUUUUUUGUUAUUACCGUUUUUUUCAUAGGAAUAACUCUAUUUACAACGUUAAGUAUUUUUUUCAACUGAAGUAUAAAGAUGACUUUUCAUAAUGUUUCCCUGCAGUUAUAACCUUUUAAACGUUAUAUAGAUA